CUCGGUCAACUCCACCAAUUGCGAGAACCGUAACGCGACGAAAGCCAGGCAUCUGAAAUCGAAAGUCGUUGGAAAAUCGUACUCCUGGUAGCGUUUAAUUGAACUGUGGAUUAUGGGUAUCAAGGGGUUGACUGCUCUGAUUAAUGAUGUUGCGCCCCAGGCUAUCACUCAAUCAGAGAUCAAAACUCUCUUCGGAAGAAAGGUGGCCAUCGAUGCCAGCAUGUCGAUCUAUCAAUUUCUUAUAGCCGUUCGACAGCAGGAUGGACAACAAUUGAUGAACGAGGCAGGCGAAACUACAUCACAUUUGAUGGGUCUUUUUUACCGAACAAUACGCAUGGUCGACAACGGCAUCAAGCCAGCAUAUGUAUUUGAUGGAAAACCACCCGCGAUGAAGGCGGGCGUUCUAAGCAAGCGAUUUGAGCGGCGUCAGGAAGCUAAGGAGGAGGGAGAAGAGGCCAAGGAGACGGGGACGACGGAGGAUAUAGACAAACUCUCUCGGCGGACAGUUAAGGUCACUCGUGAACACAACGAGGAAUGUCGGAGACUAUUGACGUUGAUGGGGAUUCCAUGGGUAGUUGCCCCCAGUGAGGCAGAAGCUCAGUGUGCUGAGCUCUGUCGGGGUGGCUUGGUUUAUGGCGCUGGUUCGGAGGACAUGGACACAUUAACAUUCGGAACCCCUAUUCUUCUGAGGCAUCUCACGUUUUCUGAAGCCCGUAAGAUGCCGAUUCUCACAGUGAAUCUGGAGAAAGUCUUAUCCGGAUUGGAACUGACAAUGGAACAGUUUAUCGAAUUUUGCGUCCUAUGUGGCUGUGAUUACGUAGAUCCUUUAAAAGGGGUUGCGGCCAAAACGGCUCACAAAUUGAUGAUGGAGCAUGGUUCGUUGGAAAAAGUGGUUGAACAUCUGCGGGAGUCGAGUAAGAAUCCACCACCCGAAGAUUGGCCAUGGGAAGAAGCUCGAGCACUGUUUCAAAAACCAGAAGUCACACCCUCAUCCGAGCUAAAACUGGAGUGGAAGAAGCCCGAUGUUGAAGGACUGGUUGACUUUUUGGUGAAAGAGAAGGGGUUCGAUGAGGAACGCGUUAAAAAAGGAGCAGCCAAACUAACUCAAGCGAUGACCCAGAAACAGCAAGGCCGACUCGACGGAUUUUUCAAACCAAUAGCUGCCCAGACAGAUCAGUCUUCUUCGAAUAAGAAACGCAAGGGUGAUGAUGACAAGAAAGCUACAAAAGGUAAAAAAGCAAAAUCUAAUUCGACGUCGACUAAGAAGAAGUCAUAAAUAAGCGGAUGAAUUUUGAAACUUACCCCAUCAAUCAUAAGCCUCCCAAGGAUAGCAAUAAACUCAAGAAUUUCAACAUAAUCACAUCGCCCACAACUCCAAUACAUCUUUCUUUUCUAGUUUUUUUUUGUUGUGACCAUAGUUCUCUUUUACUGCCAAUGAAUGAUCGAAAGAAUUACAAUCGUCAAAAUGACCACCGCAAAGAUCGGUGAUGCAAAGCCGCAG